AUGAAGUCGAUCUGGAGCACACUUCUUUUGGCGAUCGCCAUCCUGAUCGUCGGAUGUGGUGCCUUUAGCCUGCCCAAUGUUCCCGAUUAUCUUACGAAGGAACAGCGUUCCGCAGCCAUUGUGUCGGCUAGUGUGGUGGAAGCGAUAAGCCGUGAGUACCUGAAGUACCACCGGACUGGCAUCGAAACGGAGAGACUUCAGCAACUGGGACAGGAUCUGCGGAACAGUCACAGCAAAAAGGCCAUUUUCACGGAAUCCCUGGCUGAUCUGACCUCCACGGAUCAGUACUUCGUGUGCACCCUGUGCAGAUCUACCAUAAAUGUAUUUGCCAGAACUUUCACCGACGGUGAAUUGAGUGGUCCUCAGAGGGAUGAAGAGGCCAGGAAAUUGAUGUUGGGUUUGUGUGAUUACUUUGAUAUUACCACUAAAGAAGUGUGCUCUGGAUUGUUCGAUCUUAACUGGCCCAUUUUCGACUUUAUCCUCAACGAAACUGUGGCCGAUUCGCAAUCGUUCUGCGGAAUGCUGCCCAUUCCCAUUUGCCAGGUAAAGCAGGAUGAGUUCAAUCUUACUUUGACCAUCCGGGGCGAUUCACCCACCGAGUCAAAUGCGAAUUUACCCGCCAAGAGCUCUGAUGAUAUUCUCAUUCUGCACCUCACCGAUAUCCAUUAUGAUCCGGAGUAUGCCGUUGGCAGCAAUGCGGCUUGCGAUGAGCCCAUGUGCUGCCGCAAUCCUUUGGCCGAAGGAUCUGAUUCCUCGGCAGCAGCUGGCUACUGGUCCGAUUACCGUGACUGCGAUGCCCCCAAACAUCUGAUCUUGAGUGCCUUUAACCACAUCAAGGAAAACCACAAGAUCGAGUGGAUAUAUCACACCGGAGAUGUGCCGCCCCACAAUACCUGGUCCACCACCAAACAGGGAAAUAUGGACAUGCUGUCCGAAAUCGAUGGACUUCUGGCCGAGCACUUUCCGAACACGCCCAUCUACCCUUGCCUCGGAAAUCACGAACCCCAUCCAACAAACGUUUUCGGCAAUGAUGAGGUGCCCACGGCUUUGAAAGUUGACUGGCUGUACGAACACGUAUGGAGUUUGUGGUCCAAGUGGUUGCCCGCUCAGGCGAAGGAUACUGUCCUUCGAGGUGGUUAUUACACUUUAUCGCCGAGCGAAGGACAUCGGAUUGUGGCCCUGAACAGCAUGGACUGUUACCUGUACAACUGGUGGCUGUUCUACAAUGCCUCCUUGAUUCAGGAGCAGCUGCAGUGGUUCCACGAUACUCUUUUAUCUGCAGAGCAGAAUGGUGAAUCGGUCCACAUCCUCACCCAUAUUCCCGCUGGCGACGGCGAUUGCUGGAGCAGUUGGUCCAAGGAAUACAAUAGGGUGCUGACUCGUUUCAAUGGCAUCAUAACUGGAGUGUUCAGUGGUCACACCCACAAGGACGAGAUGAACCUCCAUUACUCCGAGGAGGGUUAUGCCACGGUGGUCAACUGGAAUGGUGGUAGCUUGACCUCCUAUUCGAACAAGAAUCCCAACUACCGGCUGUAUGAACUUAAUCCUAAUAACUGGCAGGUGCUGGAGCACUUUACCUACAAGUUCAAUCUGACAGAGGCAAAUUUGAAACCCGAUGAGCAGCCACAAUGGGAAUUGGAGUACCAGUUUACCAAGGAAUACACAGAGGAUACUAGUCCUGCGGGCAUCGAUCGUCUGUUGGUGGAAAUGGCUGAGAAACCCGAUUUGCUGCGAAAGUUCUGGCGAAAUAAGUUCACUAACUCGGAUCCCAAAUUGGCAGGAGGUUGUGAUAAUAGUUGUCUGAGUAAGACAAUUUGUAGAAUUGCCACUAGUAAUUACCAGGAAAGGACUCGUUGCAAGGAACUGCAGGCUAUUCUGGAGGAGAGUCUGGAAAAUGAACAAGAAACGGAUACAGAUGAUAAUGGUGAUGGAGGAGCUUCCGGAUUGACUGCCAUUAGUUUGGCAACUUUGCUGGCAGUCAUGACUGCAUUGAAAGUCCUUGGAUAAGUCUUAUCAAUGCCCCCCGUCUAUUCUUGAACCAUAUGAUUAAAAGCGAUAAUCAAGCUCAUAAAACGGGUUAUAAAACUACUAAAGAACAACCCGAAACCCCUGGAGAUAAAUAUAAACGAACAAUAAACACACACGAU